AUGCUCUGGCACCAUACUGGCAGGCAUGGCAGGAUCAACCGCAAAAAGCGACGGUGGUUUUGCGACGAACGGAUUCAUAACAUCAUCGCAAGCAGCUGCAAAUCGCAAUGGGUGUUGGCACUGAGUUUGUUGGAGGACAUGCCGACUUUGGGCCUGUAUCCAGAUGCGAUCACUUUGAGCACGGCCUGUAGCACUCUAAGUGGUGCCCAGUGGAGCAUGGCUCUGAAUUUGUUGGAGGCAAGUGGAUGCCAUUUCGUGGAAGUGGAUGUCACGAACUAUGGCGCCACCAUCGAUAAACUGGGGGAAACGAAUUGGCUGCGUGUCAUGGCAUUGCUGUUGGACAUGUCACAUCGUUUGGUGAAGCUGAAUCCACCAGCCUUCAAUGCUGCAUUGGCUGAGAGCUUUCACUGGUCCAGGACAUUGGCCUUGAUGGAGCUGAAGGUAGUUCCAAAUCAGUUGAGUUUUUCUGCGCUUUUCUCGGCACUUGCCCGAGUUCAGAGAUGGAAAGCCUCACUGCAUCUCAUGGGAGCCCUUGUAUGGAUCAGGUUGGGUUUGAACAGCAUCAUCUACAACAGCUGCCUGGCAGCUACAGGUCCCUGGCGUCAUGGCCAGGCGCAGCUGGGUUUGAUGCAGCAGAUGCAGCUCCGGGUGGAUACUGUCACGGUGAACACGCAGCUGACCUGCAACUGGGAUGACUGGCCAUCUGCUCUUGAACUUUUCCAGCAGAUGCAGUGCCAGCAUGUGCGCAGGGACCAGUGUUCCUGCAAUGCAUUGCUCAACCUUUGCGACGUGGCACUCCAGUGGCCCAAGGCUCUCAGCUGGAUGAGGCGCUGCCAGCGGCUGGAUGAGGUCGCCUCAUCGGCUACGAUCAGCGCAUGCGACAAGGGGCGGAAGUGGGAAAUUGCUCUGGCAUUGUUUUCCACUUUGCAAUGUUCGCGUGUGCAUCAGAAUGAAUUCAGUCUUAGCGCCUUGAUCAGCGCUAGCGAGGUUCGUUGGCACCGGGCAGUGUCCUUGUGGAACCAAUGGUGCUUUAAGGACGGGCCCAUAGCUGCAAGGAAUUCGGCCAUACGCGCGGUGGCGAGAAGCUCAUGGACAAUGGCAUGUUGGAUGCUGGUUGGAGGGACGAAUUCCUCAAGUGCGACAUCCUUGCAAGCAGCGAUCAAUGCCUGUGAUGAGGCGGGCUAUACGGCUGGAAUCCCUGCGCUCCUGUUUUCCUUGUCAGAAACUCCAACUGACCUGCGGCAGCUUGCGGAGUGGAGAGGCAAAAAGUUGCGAGGCGCCCUAAGAUCGAAAUGA